UCCAUAUUUCUCCAUAUUCCUUUCCCUCAUUCAUCCGCACUGCACACCGCGUCCACAGGCAUCAUGGUGCUCGAUUUAGACCUGUUUCGCACCGACAAAGGCGGCGAUCCUGAAAUCGUGCGGGAAACCCAGAGGAAACGGUUCAAGGAUGUGUCUCUGGUGGAUAAACUGGUCGAGACGGAUACAGAAUGGAGGAAAUGUCGCUUCACGGCGGAUAACCUAAACAAGGCCAAGAAUCUGUGCAGCAAAGCCAUCGGUGAAAAGAUGAAGAAGAAAGAGCCAGUUGGUGACGAUGACACUCUUCCAGAAGAGGCUCAGAAUCUGGAAGCCCUCGCUGGAGAAACAUUAUCACCCCUCACGGUGACUCAGAUUAAGAAGGUGCGAUUACUGGUGGACGAGGCUGUGCAGAAGACAGACAGUGAUCGUCUAAAGCUGGAGGCGGAGCGCUUUGAGUUCCUGAGAGAGAUCGGAAACCUCCUGCAUCCCUCUGUGCCCAUCAGCAACGAUGAGGAUGCUGAUAAUAAGGUGGAACGCACCUGGGGUGACUGCACAGUGCAGAAGAAGUACUCUCACGUGGACCUGGUUGUCAUGGUGGAUGGAUACGAAGGGGAAAAAGGAGCCAUCGUGGCUGGAAGCAGAGGAUACUUCCUAAAGGGGCCUUUAGUUUUCUUGGAGCAGGCUUUAAUUAACUAUGCACUGCGGAUCCUGUACAGCAAGAACUACAACCUGCUGUACACACCCUUCUUCAUGAGGAAAGAAGUCAUGCAGGAGGUCGCUCAGCUCAGCCAGUUUGAUGAUGAGCUCUAUAAGGUGAUCGGGAAGGGGAGCGAGAAGUCUGACGACAGUUCAGUAGACGAAAAGUAUUUGAUUGCCACAUCGGAGCAGCCAAUAGCAGCUUUCCUGAGAGAUGAAUGGCUGAAGCCAGAGGAUCUCCCCAUCCGCUAUGCCGGCUUCUCCACCUGCUUCAGACAGGAAGUGGGCUCUCACGGCAGAGACACGCGCGGGAUCUUCAGGGUCCAUCAGUUUGAGAAGAUCGAGCAGUUUGUGUACGCCUCUCCUCAUGACGGCAAGUCCUGGGAGAUGUUUGAUGAGAUGAUUGGAACAGCUGAAGAAUUUUAUAAGUCGUUAGGAAUCCCCUACCGCAUCGUCAACAUUGUGUCGGGUGCUUUGAACCACGCUGCUAGUAAAAAGCUGGAUUUAGAGGCUUGGUUCCCCGGCUCCCAGGCUUUUAGAGAGCUUGUGUCAUGCUCAAACUGCACAGAUUACCAGGCUCGCCGCUUGCGUAUUCGCUACGGUCAGACUAAGAAAAUGAUGGACAAGGCUGAGUUUGUGCAUAUGCUAAAUGCCACCAUGUGCGCGACCACUCGCGUUAUGUGUGCUAUCCUGGAGAACUUCCAGACAGAGGAAGGCAUUAUUGUUCCAGAACCUCUCAAGGCAUUCAUGCCUCCAGGUUUAACAGAAAUGAUCAAGUUUGUGAAGCCAGCCCCUAUUGAACUGGAGGCAACCAAGAAGCAGAAGAAGCAGCAGGAAGGAGGGAAGAAGAAGAAACAGGGCGGUGACGCUGAUAUAGAGAACAAAGUGGAGAGCAUGUCAGUCAAUGACUCUUAGACGCGCCCCCUUGCAAUCCCAGCCAAUCAUAAUGGUUCACAAGACCUCCAUUUUCUGUUCCCCAUUCACAAACAUUGUCCACUGAAGCUGUCACAUGGUUUCAUCCCUGUCAUGCCCCUGCCUCACUUUACUUUCUCUGGGACAGUCCUACUGUGGCGCUGUCUGUCUAAUGGUGAUGAUGGUGUCAUGUUUAAUAAUCAUAUUUUAAAUUAUUCUCAAAUCAUUU